AUGCCUGGAGGAAGGAAGACAAAGAAGGCCCCGCCGGCAUCAAAAUCUGGAACGAAGUCGAAGAGGUCCAGACAGGUCACCUCCCGACCCGCUCACAAAAUGGCUUCCAAAGACACAAAUACCACGCCAAUUCCUUCCCCAAAGCGUGUGACGAGAUCUAGCCUGAGGUCUCACCUGCCCACCAAUCUGCCAGACAGACCCACGGAAGACGAUCCAGAGGCGUUGCUUCGAAUAUCACGCAAGAAGAAAAGAGAAGCAAAAGCUGCUGCAGAGUCUCAGGAGGUCCCUGAAAAAAGCCAGACCAAAGACCAAAUCAGAGACCUUGCUCAAAGUGCCGAAGUUGCUUCCGCAGGUGUUUGCGCUCGUGUUCACGAAGACAAUACUGACGACGAGGAGGGCUCCGAAGAGCGGGAAGAUCGCGCUGCAUCACAAGAUAUAGACGAAGAGCAGGGGUUCAACAGCAGCUGGGGCUAUCCACCUCCCUUGGAUGACGACGAGGACUCAUCACAAUAUAGAGAAGAGCAGGAGUUCAAUCGCAGCUGGGGCUAUCUACCUCCCUUGGAUGACGACGAGGACUCAUCACAAAAUAUAGACCCAGAGCAGGAGUUCAAUCGCAGCUGGGGCUAUCUACCUCCCUUGGAUGACGAGGCUGCAGCGAUCAUCGAAGCUAUCAUUGCAAAUCCCGACAUGGCUCUAACGCUCUCAAGGAUCAACCCAACUCACGAGGACUUUAGCGAGGGCCUCAGCCUCAGAAAUGUCCUCUUAACCCAAAGCACAGAUCCCGACCCCUAUGCCGACCAAAUUCAAAACCUCAAAUCACCCGUACUUGUCGAGGAGACCGAGGCAGAAAGAGAUUCUCACGGACGGAUCUGGGCAUUGGAUCGAGCGAAGAUUGGCCAAGGCUCGAACGAGGCGCUCUUUCAGAGAACGCUGAUGAUGGACCUGAUAGGCCGACACCUUUUCAUCUACAACAGAGAGCGCGCAAAGUCCGAUUAUCUCGAUUUCAGCGUCGAAGAAUUAUGGACUUGCCCGCCGAUGCCGAGUCGAGCCUAUUAUCAAGGAGAUCCCUUCCUGUCACAGCCUAAGCCAGAUCUUGCGGUUUGUUUCCGUAGAGAAGCAACCAUACCUAACAAUCUGUGGUUUCUACUUCCGAAAGCAACAAGGGGACUUGCCUGCUUUGAGCGCAAGAACGCGACCGGCCACGGCAAAAUAUUCAAUUUUCUCACUAUUGAAGCCAAGAAGGACAAGACUUCGACCGAUGACGUGGUCGGAAAAUGUCAAAGUCUGAACAAUGCGAGUCAGGCUCUACACAAUAUGUUCGAAUUCUUCCGAGAAGCUGGUCACGAAGACACCUUCUUUGCCAAAGUGAGAUUCUUCUCGGCGGUAGCUAGUUCAGAAGGCGUGCUGAUUCGCAUUCAUCGAGCAACCGAAGAACGGUCUGGACAGGGACUCAUCGUGCCGGGAAGACAAGAUUACCCUCUCGAGUUCGAGUUUCAAGAUUUUGCGCACAUCCCCAAAUCCCAGUUCGAUCGGGCCACGGUUCUGAAGACAUUCGAAAAGAUCAUGAUCGGGUAUGGGGUGGGGGUACUCCGUGACUUGAUCCAAACCGCGGCUGCAGCUAUCGUUGAAAAACUAAAGAGCGAUCCCAAACAGCGUAAGCUGAGAAACAAUCCUCAUUUCUAUCGAUAUGAUCAAAUCUUUGUCAGGCCUAAGAGCGGGAUUCCAUCAUGGCUGGAAAACCUGGACUCGACACAGGCGGUGUCCACGAACGCGAGGACAUUCGAGGCGCCCAGUCACGCAUAUUCUCAAGCGAACAACUCCACUGCCAGGACGCGAAGUGGUUCAGCAACUCCAACGCAAGACCAGAUUCCGGGGCCUAGCCAACCGACCACAGGUAGAGGGGAGAAGCGACCAAGAUCGCCGCCUCCGGGUAAGAUGUCGGCGUCUGGACCGGAACGAAAGCGAAGAGCGAAGGGUCGACUUCCUUGA